AUGGCAGUCCAGGCAAAAGAGGCUAAGCCUCAGAAGAGCGGCUAUAUUCGAGGCCCAAAUGCUGGUCAUAAAGUAACCCCCCUCGCCCCCCGACCACGCAUCUCCCGAACAAAAGGCCACCUAUCCAAGCGCACCGCAUUCGUCCGCGACAUCGUCAAGGAAGUCGCCGGUCUCGCACCAUACGAGCGACGAGUCAUUGAAUUGUUGAGAAACAGCAAGGACAAGAGAGCCAGAAAGUUGGCGAAGAAGCGACUCGGUACCCUUGGCCGUGCUAAGAGGAAGGUCGAUGAGCUUCAGGAUGUGAUUGCCAAGUCACGAACUGCUGCUGCUCAUUAA